CUUUUAGUUUGAAGUUUGCUGUUCUGUUGUUGACCCGGAAGUAGUUAAACUGCGCUGUGCGCAUCUCUUUCCCUGCUUUCACCUUCAGCUCUGAAUAUGUUCUGCUUUUUAGUCACUAUGGAAGAUUAACACUUUGUAAGCACAACGGCAUCACCCCCCCCCCCUUCAUGUGAACAUCGCCCCAGCUACAGCCUCUCCAUGAACACAACAUCAUGUCUGUUUCUGCUCCAACUGUCCAGAGGGGGUUGAGGCUCUGUGCAUCCAAAGCCCCCCCCUGCAGUCCAGGGGCCCCGAGUUUAACAGUGACUUCCUCUUGUGGUCCAAAUAUUUCCCCCCACUCUCAUGUCUCCUGCAGCCCUUACUCCAGUAGCAUCAAGGUGCGCCCCUAUCUCCAGUACAUGAAGCGCAAGAUAAUAGCCCCCCCCUGCCCUCCGUACAGUCACGUGUGCCAGGUGGGGGACCCGGUGCUGCGUUCACAUGCAGCUGCUGUUGACCCUGCGGCUGUGACAGGCGCUGAGGUCCAGCAGGUCAUCAAGACUCUGGUGAAAGUGAUGCGGAGUUUGGAGUGUGUGGGGCUGAGUGCGCCUCAGAUUGGGGUCCCCCUCCGCAUCCUGGCCCUGGAGUAUCCUGAGCAGAUGUUGAAGGAAAGUUCGUCUGCAUCCAGGGAGGCCCGGGGUCUCUCCGUCCAGCCGUUGAGGGUCUUUGUCAACCCCAUGCUGAGGGUCCUGGACGGACGCACAGCGCUCUUCCAGGAGGCCUGUGAGAGCCUCUCAGGCUUCUCUGCCACAGUGCCCCGCUACCUGUCUGUGGAAGUGUCCGGUCUGGAUGAGAGGGGGGAGGCGGUGAGGUGGCAGGCCAGCGGCUGGCCGGCUCGGAUCCUUCAGCACGAGAUGGACCACCUGGAGGGGGUCCUCUACAUCGACCGCAUGGACAGCAAGACCUUCAUCAACGUCCACUGGCAAGAACACAACGAGUGACGAUCCUCAGGACACAAACACCUCCUCUGAGGAGCUGAAGACAGGCGAUGAUCCGACUCCACCCCCUACACUGUUGCUGCGUCUGCGCCAUCUUUCAUGUGAACUGUCUCCUGACAGGCAGAAAGGGAUACCAGUUGGUUUGUGAUCGAGGAUUGAAGUUGGGUCAACAUCACUGUAAAUGACUCUAACCUCUGUUUGAGAUGCUAGAAGCUGCAGGACAAAAAGAGCAACGGUCCUGCAGAUUCAUUGUCUCUGGACCUCCGGUGUAACUUAUGAAUAAAGAGAUUGUGAUGUGUUCGUGAUUAAAAUGAAAUGAAUGAAUCAUAAA